AACACUGAAUAACACAUGACGACACUAAACACAGCUGUAGAAACUCAAACUGUAAUAAACGCUCAUAACGCGUCACAUCACUAAUUAUUAUUAUUAUUAUUCAUACAGUUUGAUUCGGAUCAGAGGAUGGACGCGGCUGAUGCGGUGUUUUUCCCGGAUCGACACGCUCCCGCCAGUCACCUGCUGUUGGAUCAGUUGCCCAGUUAUCAGUCUCUUCUGUACCGGAGGAAAUCCAGCAGCAGUGCCAGGAGGCGGGGCAGUGGGCGGAGCCGACAGCCGUCAAUCACCAGUGGGAAAUGGGUGGAGCAGAAACCUGUUCACAGCGGCGAGGAGCUGCGACCCGUCAGAGAACUUCCCAAGAGCAUGCAGGACAAACGGCGCGAAAAAGAUCAGCGUCUCCAGCAGGGUGGUGCUGUCACUGGCUGGGGUUUGUGGAGGUUGAAUGUUGGUCGCUCUCUGAAGCGUCUGAAGGAUGAUGGGAUGGAGGUGAUGUCAUCACUACAGCUCUGGAGGGCAGAUAUUCACCUCAUCGAGGGCAUGUUUGGGACGGGAAUCCUGUCGUAUUUUUCCUUCUUGCGCUUUUUGGUGCUGCUGAACUUCAUCAUGUUUCUGCUGAUGUUUGUGUUUGUGAUGCUGCCGGUGAUCAUCACAUCCCAUCACAACUCACUGAACAUCAGCUACAGCAGCACACACGUGCUGGAUUGCAGUCGUUAUGAGCCGAGCUCUCGUCGAGGUCUCGUCCUGUUUCAUCAACACAUCACUGAUCUGCUGUCUGGAACGGGUUUUCUGGAGCAGACGUAUCUCUUCUAUGGAUACUAUCAGCUAGAGUUCAUUCAUUCUCACUUCACGUAUAACCUGCCACUGGCGUAUCUGCUGGCCACCAUUUCUUACCUGCUGCUGAGUCUCGUGUGGAUCGUCAAGAGGUCUGCAGCUGGUUUCAAACGCAAGAUCGUUCAAGAUGAAGAUCGCUUUCAGAGUUUCUGCAAUAAGAUUUUCGCCGGCUGGGAUUUCUGCAUCACAAACGAGAACGCGGCGCGACUCAAGCGGAGCAGUUUACUCUACGAAAUCAAGACGGAUCUGGAGGAGGAGCGCAUCAAGCGCAAGAUGGCCAACCGCACGCGCAGAGAGAAAUGUCGCAUCUAUACGCUGCGAGCUGUGGUCAAUCUCUUCGUCAUGGCGGUUCUGGUGGCGUGUUUCUACUGUAUAUACAUCGCAACAGUGUUCUCACAGCGCAAACAGACCGAGAAUCAGAGUAACUUCCUGUUGGAGUUGGUUGUGCAAUAUUUACCAUCGAUCGUCAUCACUCUGGCAAACUUCAUCACGCCGCUCAUCUUCAAUCUCAUCAUCACGUUUGAGGAUUACUCACCUGCGUUUGAGAUCCGCUUCACAUUAAUGAGGUGUGUGUUCAUGCGGUUGGCCAGUAUCGGUGUGCUGCUCUUCUCUCUCUGGACUCAAAUCACAUGUGGAUCUUCAGAGUGUCCCUGCGGUUACAACCAUCAGCUCUAUCCUUGUUGGGAGACACACGUCGGACAGGAAAUGUACAAGCUGGUGAUCUUUGACUUCCUGAUCAUCGCAGCUGCCACCAUCUUUGUGGAAUUUCCUCGCAAAAUCAUCGUGAAUUACUGCGACUGCGGUUUGGCGAAGUGGUGGGGCCAGCAGGAAUUCGCCAUUCCACAGAACGUUCUGGAGAUUGUUUACGGUCAAACCAUCUGUUGGAUCGGAACGUUUUACUGCCCGUUACUUCCUGCCAUAAACACCGUCAAAUACUUCCUCAUCUUCUACCUGAAGAAGGUGUCUCUGAUGAAGAACUGUCGUCCUGCCACUCGUCCGUUUCGUGCUUCAAGUUCAAAUUUCUUCUUCCUGGUGGUGUUGUUGAUCGGUUUGGCUCUCGCGUGUGUUCCUGUUACCGUCAGUAUCGCAGAGAUCCAGACAUCGCGAGCGUGUGGUCCGUUCGUGAACUACACCACGUCGUGGGAGGUCGUUCCUCGUGUGAUUUCUCAGCUGCCUCACGGCCUGCACUCAUUCCUGCAAGCGAUCGCUUCAGAGGCGUUUGCGGUGUCUUUCUUUGUCAUUACCUGUCUGGGGAUGUUCUAUGUGAUAGCGUUAGCUGGAGCUCAUAAGCGAGUGAUCGAGCAGCUCAGAGAUCAGCUGGUCAUGGAGGGUCGUGACAAGCGUUUCCUCAUUCAGAAGUUGUGUCAGGCGCAGCAGGUGUUAUUUGCUCGAUCUCCAGAGCGCAAGUCUCUGCGGGGCCGUCAUGGUUCUGGAUUGUUUUUCGUUGAUUCGUCGGCGGUGUUGGAAACACAAGCAUGACACAUUUGAAAACAUCGUCUGCUGCCGUUCGAACAAACUGCGUGACGAUACCACACCGUUAAGCGUUCUGUACGGUUUCAGUGUCUAUACAGCCACACACUUACACAAGCACUAAACACUGUCAUCACACACUACACCUGCUUAUUUACUCAGAGCUGUAUCUUGUUCAGUUUUGUGUGUAUUGUUGUUCACAUUUUGUUUUUGUCUGUCUGAAAAUGUAUUUGAGCAGUGGCAUCUGUGCAUUUCUUGUGAUACUUUUAUAAAAACUUCUAUGAACUGUUAAUAUAAGUUAUAAAAAAUGUGUUUUGAACUAGAAAGUAUAACACUAUUUUGAGUUUGUUCAAUAUCGUUUUUAAACCAGUUGUUAUUUUGAGUUUUGGAGUGGAACUUUUUGGAUUUGUUCUGAAUAAAUAUGAAAAGGGGAAUAAAGUGUCAAAUAAAUCCAUGGACUGAAACAUACAA